GACCGGACACGUGAUCUCUCCAUCCCACCCUCCCUCUCUCUCUCUCUUCCCCCUCGUUUGCUACGUCUCGUUUUCGAGGGGUUUUCUUUCUCUCCUUAGGGUUUCCGGGGUUUGAUCCGAUUUCCGGCGAUCAGAUUGGGGGAAGGGCGCUGAUCGCCGGAUCGGAUCUGCUCUGGCCGGAUUCCUGCAAGAUUCCGGCGAGAUUUCGACCGAUCCGAUCGCAUCGGGGGUGAAUUCUCUCGAGUAGCUAUGUUCCUCGUGGAUUGGUUCUACGGCGUGCUCGCCUCUCUGGGGCUCUGGCAGAAGGAGGCCAAGAUCUUGUUCCUCGGGCUCGAUAAUGCCGGCAAGACCACGCUGCUUCAUAUGCUCAAAGAUGAGAGAUUGGUCCAGCACCAGCCGACGCAGUACCCUACGUCGGAGGAGCUGAGCAUCGGGAAGAUCAAGUUCAAGGCGUUCGAUUUGGGAGGUCAUCAGAUCGCCCGCCGUGUAUGGAAGGACUACUAUGCCAAGGUGGAUGCUGUGGUGUACCUAGUGGACGCCUUUGAUAAGGAGAGGUUUGCAGAGUCGAAGAAGGAGCUGGAUGCACUUCUUUCGGAUGAUACCCUGUCAAAUGUUCCAUUCCUUAUUCUUGGGAACAAGAUUGAUAUCCCAUAUGCUGCAUCUGAGGAGGAGCUGCGCUACCACCUUGGCCUGAGCAAUUUCACAACUGGAAAGGGCAAGGUUAACCUUGGCGACUCCAACGUCCGCCCCCUUGAGGUCUUCAUGUGCAGCAUCGUGAGGAAGAUGGGUUAUGGUGAAGGCUUCAAGUGGCUCUCCCAGUACAUCAAGUAGUGUUGCAGUGCUUUUGAUACCUUUAACUACCAAGGGAAGGGAUAGAAUUCACAGCUUUUGCCUCGGCUGAUCCUUUUUAGAGAAUGGCGAUUGAAACUUUUUUCUUUUUUCUGUUCCCUCGAUUAAAUGGUGUCUCGAUGCUAUAUUUUGAAUGGAUUAUGGAAACGGCACAAAGUGGUAAUCCAAUGUGAAAAUCUGGUAGGGUCCAGGUGCAAGUUAGUCUGCACAUGCUUUUUGUUUCUCUCCGACCCUAGCAUAUUUUUUCCCACUUGUUUAUCAUAGCAAGCAAGAUUAGUGGUUCUCUGUCACGUUGCUUUUAGCGUUUUCAUGUGAGAUUUAGGUAUUUUA